AUGGCCAGUUCGACGAGUGAACUCACGUUACCGAAAGCGCUCGAGAUCGCUAAGCAGAACCAGCAUGGCGACAUCGAUCCAGCCGUGACCGUGUUUCCUGACCUAAGCAUUGAUGCCAUAUGGCAACGUGUUCAAGCGCAACCCUCGACAUAUGUGUUCUCCACGGAGGAAUUUGCCGCCUUCAGCUACUAUCGUGGUGUCUUUGGCGACAAUGAAAUUGCGCAGCAGGCUGUAAGGAGGUUUUGGGAACGCUACAGAGCGAAGUCGACCGGCACUGAGGGAGAAGGUCGUCACAGCCCGACCGUAACUGCAGGGCCGACGGUGUCGCAAGUAUCAGCCGUCGCCUGUCAGAGAUGUCGUGCAAGAAAAGUCAAAUGUGACAAGAAGAAGCCGGCUUGCACACCGUGCGAUCGGGCUGGGAGAAGGGCAGCAUGCACCUAUACUAAGCAAAUGAAAGGCGAAAGUUUUGCGGAGCCAAGUAACGAUGUGGAUGAAAGCAAGGCAUACCAUGAGAUAACCCCAAGGUCGACUUUACUUGGGAACUACAAAGGCCUCGUAGACGGAGUGAAAGUAAGAGAGGAUCUGAUCAAGACCCCACCCAAAACCAACCUCAGGAUGCCCAAGGGGAGUCAGACAGAGCGACAUCGAAUUAGCGUUCUAGUGGAUAGCAUAACCGAGAGGGAAGACAAGCCUACAUCUCAGAUUGGGAAAGUGGAUCAACAACACUUUGAACCCCCCAAAACCCUUCCUGUGGACUUGGGUCAAUUUCGCAUGCAUGUGAUGAAUGGGAAGGAGCAAGAUCUUGUCAACUCGGCGAAGUUGUGGUUGCAGCGUUUGACUGGAGAAACAUGGGACUGGUGGCCUCUCCGUCCAAGUUUCCGACCGCUUCUAGAAGACGAAAUCAGGCUACGGUGGCAUUGCGUUUUGGGGCACGAACAUUGGACUGUGCUUCCUAACACUGGGCCUGCUCCAUCGCCGGAGGCUGUUAAGAGUAAACAGUCUGCCUCUUCAUCAGGAAAGAACUCAGGUACAAGUACGAGCCGAAGCUCUGGAUCAGAGUCAUCUGUUGGGAGGUCAUCCCCAGCCGUCUCCGCCAAUGGCACAUCUGAUCAACCAGAUGACGAGGCGGAUUCCGGGAAGGAUAUUCAUACACCCGGUACGAGUAUCGAGGUUGAUAUUGUGCCGCCAAGUGAUUUGACUGGCUUUGUACUCUUUGGAGUACACGGGUCAAAGCGUCUGCAGAGUGCGUGGCUCCGCCUCGCGCAAAUCGAUGUCGCCAUCUACAAAGAUGACGAUAGCUUCUUUGAUGAGAUGGGUGUGCAAUAUAUGAAGCUCCGUGGCUUCCUCCGGCGGGUCUUAUCGAUAUGGGUGUUCUAUACCUGUGAUUUCAUAAUGGUAUGA